UGGGAAUAUUUGACUAAUAUUUAAACGUAAAUGCACGCGACAAAUAGUGUAAAAUCUUCUCAAAAUGGACAUUUUUAAGAGCAAUCUUCUCUGAUUGUGUCGGAUUGGGUCACACGAUGGAAUCAAGGCUUUUAAUUUACUAUUUCACUCUCGGUGGAUUGGUGGGAUUGACGGGACAAGAUCUACGGCAGUUAAAUGAUGACAGACGACUUAAAAUGCCAGAAUAUCGGGAAAGAACAUUAGAUCGCAAACUGCCAUCUUCGACGAAACGAGAUGACUCACAUUUUGGCUUGUCAACGAACUUGCUGCCAUUCGAAAUAAACACAAAUGACAUUGCGCUUAUUAAACCAAAAAGUUACGUCGAUGGAAAAAAACGAAAUGUAAUUAAACGGAAUGCAAUGGUGUUUAAGAACCUGGCGGUCAACAAGAAAUGCAAAAUGAAAGUCGAUCAACGUACUGUUAGUACAUUUAUUUAUCGUGUAUGGAGGUUCGAAUCCAGAUACGUGUUCAUGGGACUACGACCGGAGAACGGUUCUGGGAUUAAAAUAAGAAGCAGCCCGGAUGUGAUAAACGGGAAUAUCUGGACCUGGACUUUCUGGGAUAAGAACGAAGCCCAGGAGUUUCUGAGAUGGCCCAUCGAGUUUGGAAUAUGGUCAAUGGGUAUACUGUAUCAUUCCGUUCUACGACAGCCUCAAGUGCUACCGGUGGUUUUAAAACGAGUCAGUGGUGAUUGCUCUCACCUGACGGUUGGAAAUGUAAAAGAUGACCUGGCGAUUAGUAGGGCGCUUAAUGCGAUCACUCUUGGGCUGAUGAGAAAUAAUUCGGAUGGGGAAAAGUACGGACCAAGCUACUAUUGUUACUCAAGAAAACGAAACGUUCCAGCGUACAUGCAAAUAAUAUGUGAGAACAUUGUUUGUCCGUUUGAAGGUAUAGAGAAAGAGUGUUGUGUUUACAGAUUUAACAGAACAAAUAUGAAACGUAAUGUUAUUUGUCCAGAAUUUAAAUACAUUUAUGACACUAUUUCGUGGAAUGUGCCCAUUUUGUUAGCCAUUAUUUUAUUCAUCUACUUUCCAAUGCUUCUGUUGUUUGUUGCGCACAAAUUUUUUGACAGUGUUCGCUCAACCUAUGUUAGACUAAACCGCACAGAACAAGGUUUCACAGAAUCAGACGACAGCUACCAUGAACAAGGACUGAACGGACACAAUCACACUGUCGAGAUCUAUUUACUGGAGGGAUAUAAACAUGUCAGUUUUUUCCAAACACUUUUUAUGCCCCUUGCUUCUCUAAAGAGAGUCACUGUUACGUUACAAAAACGUUUCCUAUUUUUGGUUGUUGGCAGAUUAACAAGAGUGGUUUUUCCCUUCAUAACCCUUAGUAUAAUUGGUAUUCAGGCAUACGUUGAUUACUCAAACUUGAAAAACUUCAUUAAGACGAGCGUGAAAUUGGGUGUACCAUAUGGGCUGCGGUCAAUAAUCACGGGCUACGAAAUGAGUAGAACCAACUUUCUACCCUUUCUUGGUGGUCCCUUUGUAGCCCUGGCUUGCUAUGUUGUAGUCACCACAGUCCUGCUUAUGAUACCAAAGUCUUUACCAGAGUUUCUUGCCAAAGGUCUGGGACCAAAACUAAAUGGCCAAUGCGCUAAUGCCAAUAACACAGAACUUCAUCCAAUGAGUGAAAUUGCGGUCAUUCUCUUCCUGAUGUGGGUGGCGAUUGAUUUAUUGACAAAGACGAACAAAUUCAAGGACUUACACACGAUCAUGCACGUAGGCACAGCCAUCAUUGUGUGCGCCAUGCCGCAAAUAUUGAAACGUAUGUGCCAUCAAAGGGAGAGCAAGUUGCUGCGGAGAGAGUUCAGGAAAAAACUUGCUGCCACCAUUCUGUCACAUCUCGGAUAUUUUGUUUACAAUGAAGAAACAUCGGGCGACAACAUACGAGACUACGUCUGUACCUCUCAGACAUACGAGACUACGUCUGUACCUCUCAGACAUACGAAACUACGUCUACACCUCUCAGACAUACGAGACUACGUCUGUAUCUCUCAGACAUACGAGACUACGUCUACACCUCGCAGACAUACGAGACUACGUCUGUACCUCUCAGACAUACGAGACUACUCUACACCUCGCAGACAUACGAGACUACGUCUGUACCUCUCAGACAUACGAGACUACUCUACACCUCUCAGACAUACGAGACUAUGUCUGUACCUCUCAGACAUACGAGACUAUGUCUGUACCUCUCAGACAUACGAGACUACGUCUACACCUCUCAGACAUACGAGACUACGUCUAAACCUCUCAGACAUACGAGACUACGUCUACACCUCUCAGAAAUACGAGACUACGUCUACACUUCUCAUACAUACGAUACUACGUCUACACCUCUCAGACAUACGAGACUACGUCUUCACUUCUCAGACAUACGAGACUACGUCUGCACCUCUCAGACAUACGAGACUACGCCUGUACCUCUCAGACAUACGAGACUACGCCUGUACCUCUCAGACAUACGAGACUACGUCUACACCUCUCAGACAUACGAGACUACGUCUACACUUCUCAGACAUACGAGACUACGUCUACACCUCUCAGACAUACGAGACUACGUCUACACCUCUCAGACAUACGAGACUACGUCUACACUUCUCAGACAUACGAGACUACGUCUACACCUCUCAGACAUACGAGACUACGUCUAUACCUCUCAGACAUACGAGACUACGUCUACACCUCUCAGACAUACGAGACUAUAUUUACUAG